AUGGGUCCCGUCGACGGAAUCGCCGAACUGACAACACUGAGCGUCACAUCUGUCCUCGAGGCGCCGUUAAGCUGGUUGGCCCGUUAUGGGACAAGUAACAUGCCCAGUCUACGACACCCCGGUAACGUAGGGUUCUGGAAAGAGAGGCCCGGUCCAGGAAUCGCCGCGACCCAGCGAAAAGCAAACACACGAGGUGAAGCCAGCCGCGACCGUUGCAGAGGGUUGGUGGCCGUAGCUCUGGAGAAAUGUGGCCUAUUCGCUUCGCGAGCGCAGGGACCCAGCAACUUGCACCCCACUCGAAGCUGUGUUGGUCGACAUCCAAGAUCCAAGGAGUCAUCUCAGGUCAAGCGGUUGACAUCGAGUGCGAGAGGGAGGAGCCAGGCGGCAGCUGCGUGGCUUCAAGGGGUCGCCAACGGCACAAGUGACAAGCGACCCCUAGCGGUGUACCCGUCACGUGGAGACCGUCGGAGUGGCUCACUCUUUACGAACGGAGAUGAAUCGUGCCGUAAGCACUUCGUCUUCUACUCUCCUUCGACUUCGCAGUCGAUGUUUAUGGGGCCACAACGAAGGCCAAAUGUGGCAUCGUCGGCGAAACCCGUUGAAGCCUGGUGGGAGGCGCCUGCCUCUUGGAGAAGCCAAAACGCGUUAGAACGGCGGGCGAUCGGCGCAUCCGGUUGCCAAGUUAGCCUGAUCCGGAGCGAGCGCCCGGGAUCUUCGAGCCGCGCGACGGCCACGCGCGAGGCAAGAUUUGGAAGAGUCGCGGAUCUGGGGGACUCAUUCGUGUCGCCACCAGACUUCCCGUACCCCCUUGAGAAUCGUUGUACCGCGCAGAGGCCAUUCGCUGGAGCACGCUCAAUUUCCUCGAUUGGCAAACCGCGAUGCAUUGGUGCUGCCUACUUCGAAGAUCUGCAUCCGUUUCAGACGCUCCGCCAUCCAAGGCCAUCCUUACCUCGCUCUUGGAGUGGUUCGAUCUUGGAACUGAUCACGACAAUAGGAGAGUUGCAGGCUAUGUUACAUCGUUCAGCUCACGCCGUCCUCUUCCAACAGACGCAAGCCUCGCUCGUAUCGAAUCUUGGGUUGUGGACCCGCGUCUACACGGAUCCACAUUACGGAAUUUUUACGUGGCUCACGGAUGUUGCACCAGUCUCAGAAGAUCCUGUCGUGCAAGCUCUGUCAGGAGAAGUAUUGCUAGCGGGUAUCGAUUUGCAAGCGUGUCAACGCGUUAGCGAGCUCUCCGUAGUGAGACUCGGAGGGCACGUGACGGACGCAGCGCAGCCGGACAAGACGCAAUCUACCGACGGCCACAAAGCACUACCUGGUUGUCGGGCCAUGAAGCUUGUCGUGUGGCCGAUGUGGCCGAUGCGUCCAUUGACCAGGGAUCUACUUCAAAGCUCGCGCCUUGGAAACGAAUACGACGUCAGGCGUAUGGAGUCGUCUCGGUCCACUCAAUCUAGCCUCCACAAGCCUCGCAAACACGGCCCUCCAGAAAUGGUGUCAGAAAUGCCCGUAAUUCUGGUUCUCUACAUCGCGACUCAUAGCGGACUGGUGGACAUCCCUGCGCCUCGAUCGGUUGCCAACCCCGUGGAGCGACACGUCGAUCAAGUCAUCUACGCUCGAAUAUGGGCUUCGUAUAUUGCAGCUCUGCUCAUGAACAACCUUUUGACCAUGGCCCCAGGAUCUUGGAAGAGACAGUGAAUGGACAAGUGGAGCUGGUCAGGCUUCGCGUUCUUGGACGAGACGGGUGGUUCUGGCCCACUGGAAGCUAAUCGUGACGGCCCGUUGGAUAACUUACGGAUACUACACGACGUCGAUCGAAUUCCCAAUCAAUGUACAUACCGUGUCUAUCUACCGAAUACAUUGAACGUAUUGUGCUCCC